GAAUGAAAAGAACAGUCUGAAGGUCUAUUUACCCUUGCCUUGGGCUUUGGAAUGGCAGGACGAGGAAACCAGAUGGAGCAAAAGCAAAACAACAUGCCGAGGCCAGAGCUUUCUCAAGAUAUCAUAGAGGAGAUACUCUCACGAUUGCCCGUCAAGUCUUUGCUGAGAUUCAAGUGCGUUUCCAGGUCAUGGUACGCUUUGAUCUCCAGUCCUUCAUUCGCCAGAAUGCAGUUGGAACGAGCAUCGGAAACGAGUGUUCUUAUUACAUCGACACCUUGUCGCCUCAACUUGGUAGAUUACGAAACAUCUUUUUGCGAAGUCCCCCUUGAUUUUCCACCAAAAAGACAGGACCGUCGAGUCAGGAUUAUGGGAUCAUGCCACGGAUUGGUAGCCAUGGCUCUAGAGAAGGACAAGGUCUUUUUGUGGAACCCAUCGACCGGGGACUACAAGAUGUUGCCAGAUCCUUGUUUUCCCUCAAGUGGCACUCUUUAUUGUCAUGGUUUUGGUUAUGACUCAUCUACUGAUGAUUACAAAGUGCUUUUGUGUGUUCAGACAUGGCGUUCAGUCUCAGAUGAUUUUUACGCAGAGGUGACAGUUUCCAUCUUCUCACUGAGAAAUAAUUCAUGGAGAAUGAUUCAAUCACCCUCUGUCGACUUCUCGUCUCUCCUUUUCCUAAAUUUUUCAGGGUAUUUUGUCAAUGGAGCUCUCCAUUGGCUGAUAGCGAAAGAAGUGACAGUAGAAAUCCAAGCUUUCGAUUUAAAGACGGAGAGAUUUAGCAUAGUGCCAAUUGCUGAUAAGCCACAAAAUUCCUUCAAUUACUUGAAACUCGGGGUUCUUGAUGGAAGACUUUGCUUAACAUUUUAUAGUCAUAACUUUUAUCUUAAUCAACCUCUCUCCUCCUCCCCUGUUGAGAUAUGGGUAAUGAAGGAUUAUGGUGUCAGGGAAUCUUGGACUAAAUUUCUUACUUCUGAAGAGAAAUCUACGCUUAUGCCUCUAUGCAUUUCAAAAGGCAAUGAAGUUAUAUCAAUCAAUGAGAAAAAGGAAUUGAUAAGGUCUGGUGCAGAAGAAGCAAUAGCUGAGAAAUAUAGGAUCUGCAAAUGUGAUGCUGGAGCCGUUGGCGACUAUCAUAGAAGGCAUCAACAUCAAUGCCAUGCCAUCGUGUGUGCACAGAGUCUACUUUCGCCGAAUUUCCAUAUCCUUGUUGAAGAUGAAAAGCAAAAGCUAGGCAGGAACAGAAAAAGGAAGAACAUGUCAUGA